AUGGCACUCGCUUCAUACGUAUUAGGAUUUUCUUCACUUGGUUUAGCUACUAGAUGUUGGCAAUUGGCUAUAGAGAGAAGAAAUAUUUUUGAUAACUUCUGGGGACAUUUGAUAGCUGCAGGUGCAUUUGGAACAGCAGGCUUCUAUUUACACGGUGUAUCAGAAAGACAACAAUCUGCACUUUCAGAGAGAAAGCAAACACUCAUAGAUAAUAGAGAGAAGCUGCAACAAUAAUUGUAUAUUCCUUAUAA